AUGUACGUAAUCUAUGUUAGUGCCACGAUUGCCGUACUAUGUGUCUUGGUAUAUGUGACGUUGAUAUUAUUUUCGCACAAGCCAAGACCACCAACUUCGAGCGAAUCAUACUACAAAACCAACGACAAUGCCAACGCAUCAUACGAAUUGCCUACUAGAAUUGACUCAACUAGUCUUGAAAGAAAACCACAGGUGGAGAUUAGCGUUGUUAUACCGUGCUACAAUGAAACAAAAAGAUUGAGCAAAAUGUUGAGUGAAGCUGCUGGGUACCUUGAACAACAUUAUCAAGGAAACUACGAAAUCAUCAUUGUUGACGAUGGGUCAAGCGAUGGAACUGCAGAAUAUGCCAUUCAAUUAGCAAAAGAAUACAAGUUGGAACCGCACACAAUGAAGGUGGUCCAAUUGUCAAAGAAUAGAGGUAAAGGUGGUGCUGUCACCCACGGUCUCUUACACACGCAGGGAAAAUAUGCGUUGUUUGCCGACGCCGAUGGUGCUACUCAAUUCUCAGACGUUGCCAAACUAAUUGACUAUCUCGGAUCUUACCCCAAUGAACCUGCCAUUGCCAUAGGUUCGCGUGCACACAUGGUCAAUACUGAUGCUGUUGUGAAAAGAUCGCUUAUACGUAACUUCCUUAUGUACGGUCUUCACACUUUGGUGUUUAUUUUUGGUAUUAGAAAGAUUCAUGAUACUCAAUGCGGUUUCAAAAUGUUUAAUAUGGAUGCAGUGAAACAAAUUUUCCCUCACAUGCAUACGGAAAGAUGGAUUUUUGAUGUUGAGGUAUUGCUAUUGGGGCAGAUGCAAGGUAUGAAAAUGAAGGAGAUUGCCGUAAACUGGCAAGAAAUUGAUGGAUCGAAAAUUGAUUUGGCAAGGGACUCAAUUGAAAUGGCAAUUGAUUUAGUGGUGACGAGAUUGGCAUAUUUGUUAGGGAUAUACGAGUUGGACGAAUGUGGAAGAGCUGGCAAAAAGAAUCAAUAA